GCCUACUACUCUGUCAGAAUGGGUGGAGUUCACUGAUGGCUGCAUCUCAGAUUGGACAUGUGGAGGUUGUGGACAAGUUAUUACAACAUGGAGCCACAGUAGACCUGCAAACAGAGGUACACACACUAUAUGUACAUACGCAAUGCAAGCAAACGCGUGUGCAAAACGUAAUCUCAGAACAGUGAGGUGAAGGGAACAUGCAUACUUCAUUGAGUUCUCUGAAAAAGUCUGUCGUCUAGGUCGGGUGCACGAUCAGCAACACAGCAGAUUGCAUUCUGUUUUAUCAGUUACAUAUAUACAUGUAGCAUCCAUCAAUUUCAAAAUAAUAGAAACAUGUGGCUUCAUUGCUUGAGAAGCCAGCCCCAAUGUCUUUCUUUUUACCCGAAAAUGCCCAUGGUAUAUAGCUCCCCUCACAACAGCUUUACAUAUGCACUAUAUUGGUGACGAUUAGGAUCAUUAUCUAUGGUUUGUCCGUCUGUUAGUACGUUUUCUGCCACCACGCGCAACAGGACAACAAAAGAGUGAUACCAAAAGGUUCAGCGCUGCACCGGCUUAAUUUUAUGUUUAGUGAAUUUCGUAAAAGUACUACGUUCCAGACUUAUGGCGUAGAAACCAACUGAAAGUACGAUUCAGACUACUCCGUGUGUCAUGUCAGAAUGGGUGGAGUUCACUGAUGAUGGCAUCUCAUUUUGGACAUGUGGAGGUGGUGGACAAGUUAUUACAGCAUGGAGCCACAGUAGACCUGCAGAGUGAGGAAGGACUUUCUGCUUUGAUGAUGUGUUGUGAUGAUGGAAAUUCAGAGAUGACAAAACUCCUACUUAAUUAUCAGGCUAAUCCUGACCUCCAGCAAUCAUUAACUGGAUACACAGCUCUGAUGUUUGCCUGCAAGGGAGGUCAUCUGGAUACGGUAAUAGGUCUCAUGGAACACGGAGCUGAUGCAAAGAUUAGGAAUGUGGAAGGCAUCACAGCAUCCGAUGUGGCAUCAGCCAAUGAAUUUUGGGAUUUGUGUGCCGUAAUUGAACUAAUGGAGCCACAAGCUACAGCUGAUAUCACAGAGUCAAGACGUUAG